ACACUGAGGGGUGUGUCCCUAUAAGAGGGGCUGAGCAACAGCAUCCUCUCUGAUACAAACGCAAGCAGAGAAUAGGAGGCAACUGCUACUUUCCAGUUCAUCUUCUCAGGACAGGUGCCUGACUUGCACUCAGCACAGACGCUACUCAGUGUAUGAUGAAGACACCACUAUGGACUCUGCUGCUCCUGGGACUGUGCGUCCCUGGACGCAGUGACUGUCAGAGAGACUGCCUGUCCUGCGGCCAAAUCCUGCCCAAAGAUUAUGCCUUUGACGCACUGGUAUGCCUGGUGGAAUGUGGAAAGGGUUUUCUGGGCCUAAACUGGGAGAUCUGCCGCACAGCCAUGGAAGAAGGACCACUGGAGCCCCUGUCAGUAGAGGGCGCCAUACUGAAAAGAGCCAAGGAGGAGGUGGAAUCUGUUCUCCCGCUGGACCAGGGUGAUGGAGGCCUGUUCUAUUCUGGCGGCUUGCAGAGGUUUGACCAUGCAGCCCGGGCUUUGGGCCUGGACGACCUGGGCAGAGAGAGCCAAAGCACCCAGCUUAAUGCGGUUUACCAGUCCCAGCAGUCUCAGUCUGCAGAGGAAGCUGAGGAAGAGCCAGAAGGAGGCAGGGAGCUGCAGAGUGACCAGGAAGGUGCACCAGUAAACCUGGCCAAACGCUUUGGAGGCUUCCUCAAAAGCAAGUACGGCUAUAGGAAAUUCAUGGACCCUGGCAGGUCUUUACAGAAGAGGUACGGUGGUUUCAUAGGUGUCCGCAAAUCUGCCCGUAAGUGGAACAACCAGAAGCGCUUCAGCGAGUUUCUAAAGCAGUACUUGGGCAUGACCACUCGAGCUAGCGAGUUCAAUAGCGUGUCCACUGAUAUCACCCAGCAGAGCGAAGUGUAGGCCUCUUUGGUAGCAGUAGACUCACCCAGCAAGCCUUCAUUUGUCCUGAAUCAGUUAAGAGAUACAAUACAUGUCUUUGUACAUCUUCAUGAAAACCUGACUAUGGAAUGCCAUAUGUUAAGAAAUGUUCAUCAGAGUAUAAGAUUUCAUAACUACAGACUCAAUACUAGUGCUGGGCGAUAUUGCUAAAAUUCUAUAUCUCAAUAUCCUUCAAGUAUGUCAUGCCGUCAAGGUAUGAGAUGAUAUUUAAGUUUACAUGAAUAAAGUUAAUGAAACCAUGCUCAGUGCUGCUACUCAAUGCUAAAAGAAUGUCUUAUAAACGUGACUUGUUUUCAUUGUUUCGUUCCGUUUUCUUUUCUUAAAAUGACACCAAAGGGAAUCCUAUAUGGUAUUGUAAAUGAUAUCCAGACAGAAACCACAUUUCCAGAAAAAGAUCCUGUUUAUUUAGAUAGUUUAUGUAUUUCAAACUAUUCUUAACAAUUUGAAGAGCUCGGUUUGAAGUUUUUGUUAUCUAUCAAUACUGUUAAAACCAAAAAAAAGGCUUCUUGAGCGACAUCAGUACUGGUAUUAAUGAUAUAUAUUUGUCCAGCACUGUUCAAUGCAGAAGCCAAAGGGAAUCAUUAUAAAACAUGCAAAGCACUGGAAUGUCCAUUCAUUUUCUGUGGGUCCCAAGUAAGGGCUCAUGGCAUUACUAAAUCAUUUUCACCUUAGGUAGUGUCACCACUACUGGUCAGCUAUUUAGCCAGAGAACAAAGAGAACCCAUCUGGGAGAGCUGUGGAUGUCCCUGUCGGCUGAGGCCUCCAUGCUCAAUGGCUAAAGCUGGUUUCCUCUUUACCACACUGCCAUCUAGAGGUCAAUAAGAAACGGCAAUCCCCAUAAAUCAUUAAGACUGCCUCCUUACUGGGCAGUUAUGGAAUGUCAAGGAAGAAAAAUUGUGUUGAAAAUGAGCAGACAAUAGACGCUGACAGUAACAAAGCUAACAAUUUCAACAAGAUCACCCCAGCCUGACAUAGCAGUGAAAGUACUAGGCUUCGCAGCACAGUCUGUUAGACCCUUGCUCUAUUUUCUUAUCUCAGAAAACAACACCGAACGCUCGUCAUUUUGAAAAAGAAAUAACAAACCGGUUUGAGAAUAUGGAAAAUGUAUUUAUGUAAACAGUGCUUUCUGAUUCCUGUAUUUGCUUUUAUUUAUGCGAUACAACCAUUAUACUGCUCACCGUUAAUUAUCAACUGUACAUAGAAAACGAACUGAACUAUGUCAAUAAAAUAGUUUACUAUUUCUUU